GAUUCACUCUUCAUUGCGUUCCUCUUCACGAAGCAAAUACAGCCCUGGCCAUGGUGAAGAUAGCUUCAGCUUCAGCUUCUGCUGAAACCUCUCCAAAAACUGCUCAUAGGAAAACGGCGUUGAGACCAAAAUCGUCGGUGGCCGUGAAACAAAACAGUGCAGCGAAGAGGCCGAAGACGACGGCGGCGGCUAAGAAGAAAGCAUCCAAAUUAGAUGCUAAUAAACCCAAAAAACCUCCCACUGCGUUCUUCUAUUUCUUGGAGGAUUUUCGUAAAGAAUUCCAAGAGCAGAAUCCAGAUGUCAAAUCAAUGCGUGAGGUUGGCAAAGCAUGUGGAGAGAAAUGGAAGAUCAUGACUUAUGAGGAGAAAGUUCAGUAUUAUGAUGUAGCAACUGAGAAAAGAGCAGAGUUUGAGAAAGCUAUGGCUUGCUAUCACCAAAAAAAGGAAAGUGGAGAAUAUGAUGAGUUUGAUGAAGACUCGGAUUUUGAUGAAUGAAUAAGUUUGCAUUUGAUGUAUGACAUAGGAACAAUGGUAGUAGUGAUGGAUAUUUUGUAUAGUGAAUAUCAAAAUUCAAAACAUGUUUUUUUGAAACUG